UUUGUGUGCGUAAUUGCGUGACGGCAGAAGUUCUGAAAAAAAUAAAAUUAUUUUUAAUUUCUGAUUUUAAGCGCUAGAAAUAUUAAAAGAUGGGCUCUCGCAACGAAUGUCGCAUUUAUGUUGGAAACUUACCCCCAGAUAUUCGCACCAAAGAUAUCCAGGAUCUGUUUCACAAGUUUGGCAAAGUCACAUUUGUCGAUUUGAAGAAUCGGCGUGGUCCGCCAUUUGCAUUUGUCGAAUUCGAAGACGCGCGCGAUGCGGAUGAUGCGGUUAAGGCUCGUGAUGGCUACGACUAUGACGGUUAUCGCCUUCGCGUCGAGUUUCCACGAGGUGGCGGUCCGGGCAGCUACCGCGGCAACAAUCGCAACGAUCGCAGUCGCGACGGCGGCGGACGCAUGGGUGGCCGUGGACCACCAGCUAAGCGCUCACAGUACCGCGUCAUGGUAACGGGCUUACCCGGAUCCGGAUCGUGGCAGGACCUUAAGGAUCACAUGCGCGAGGCAGGCGAUGUGUGCUUUGCUGACACUUACAAGGAUGGCUCUGGCGUAGUGGAGUUCUUGCGUCACGAGGACAUGAAGUAUGCCAUCAAGAAGUUGGAUGACUCGCGUUUCCGUUCACAUGAGGGCGAGGUCGCCUACAUACGGGUGCGUGAGGAUAGCGGCGAUAAUGAACGCGGAGGUGGAGGAGGAGGCGGCGGCGGUGGCAGUCGUGAUUAUCGCGAUAGGUCACGUUCAAGGUCGUUCUCAUCGCGACCUCGUCGCCGCGGCACACCAACAUAUUCCCCGGUGCGUCGUCAAUCCUAUUCCAGGUCUCGCUCACGCUCUAAUUACUAAAUUACACAAUCAUUAUCCAUUAAUCUUAAUAUUUCUUACGAGCAGGACAAAUUAGGAAAAGCAAGCUAAACUAUCAAGACACAACCCCGCCCCCAUUUAAAAAAAUACUUAUACUUACCGUUUGUUUAAUCAUACAAACUGAUUGUGAGAAGAUCGCUCGAUCAGUGAAAUAUCAAGAAAACUUUAAAUCCAGACUGGAGAAAUCCAAAUGCGAAUCAAAAAAUUAGAGAAACCAACAACAAACACUUGCUUUACUCUCAGUGCAGAGAUAUUCUUUUAAAUUAUUAUUUAAUGCAUUCAAAAACAAAUACAAAUACACAUUUGACAAAUUAAUUUUUAACGAUAUAAUUAUAAUGGUAGGAAAGGUUGCUUAGCCAUUCCUUAUUUUAAACAUUUGGUUGCAUUCAGAAAGCAUAAUUUAUCAGAAUUUAUCUCACAUACCUGCAAGCUUAACAACAAGAGAAACCCACAUUUAUUAAGAAUAAAUAUAUGUAAAUGUAAACAAAAACAAAAAUGAACACAAUUUUCUGUGAAGAACAUUUAUACAAAUUAUUAAUAUUUCAUUUUAUUUUUCUUCUCUUCCCCAUUUUUGCGCGUUUAUGUUUGGAGUAUAAUGAGGAUUGUUGGAGAAGGAGGAAGGAUAAGGAUGAGGAUGAGGAGGAAGAGGAAGGAUAAUUUUGAUAAUGAUGGUGAAGUGGAGUGUUAUGUGGAUUUGCAGUAAAUUAGUGUGGUAGCAGGAUAUUUGCAAAGCAUAAUUGUCUUAAAAAAAAAAAACUUAUCAGGAAUCAAAAGGAUUUGGAUAUUAGGAAUCAUAAAAGGAUUUGGAUAUUAGGAAGUUUCAUUCAUCUUUACAUGAAUGAAAUGUUAAACGCUAGGACAACGUGGGAUGCAGUUUCCCCAUGGCACUCGGAGGAGGACAUGAUUCUGAUUCUAAUCUCCUUUGCUCUUACUAUUCGGAACCCCUUCGGUGCUUCGUUACAUCUUUUGGGUUUGUGUGUUUUCGAUUCGGAUUAAAGUCAUUUUGUGGG